ACAACAUUAGUAGUAAGAAGAAAGCAUGGAGAAAGUGUUGAAUGGAGCAGAAGAAUUCUCUGAAUCAUGCAAUAUGCUGAAGAUGGUUCUUGCAUUGGCGUUGUAUCUUGGAACAAUUCAUUUCAACCUUGCGUUGAUAUUCUUCGCCACUUUCUUUCUUCCUCUCUCUAAAGCACUCUUGGUGUUUGGUUCGCUCUUGGUGUUAGUGAUGAUUCCUGUGGACGAGAACAGCAUGUUUGGCAGAAAAUUGUCAAAAUACAUAUGCAGACAUAUUUGUUCCUAUUUUCCUAUAACUCUUCACAUAGAAGAAGUAGAAGCCUUUCGUCCUAAUCAAGCAUAUGUUUUUGGUUAUGAACCGCAUUCAGUUAACCCAAUCGGUAUGAUUGCACUCGGUCACAGCGCUGGUUUCAUGCCCCUUGCAAAAACAAAACUUCUUGCUAGCAGAGCGAUAUUCUACAUACCAUUUAUGAGACACACAUGGACAUGGUUGGGAUUUACAUCAGUGUCAAAGAAAAAUUUCAUUUCAUCGUUGGCAGCUGGGUAUAGUUGCAUUGUAGUACCUGGUGGAAUUCGAGAAACACUUUUUAUGGAGCCUGGUUGUGAGAAUGUUUUUCUUAAAGAAAGAAGAGGAUUUGUCCGCAUAGCAUUGGAGAUGGGCCUUCCCCUUGUUCCUGUUUUCUGCUUCGGCCAGACAGACACUUAUAAGUGGUGGAAAGCUCCAGGGAAAUUAAUUCAAAAUCUUGCGAGGAUUUUGAAGAUCACGCCAUUAUUUUUUUGGGGAAUUUAUGGAUCUCCGAUACCAUUCAAAAUUCCUCUGUAUGUUGUUGUGGGUAGACCAAUAAAGGUAGAGAAAAAUCCACAACCAACAAUGGACCAGGUUGCCAAAGUACACAACCAAUUUGUUGAUGAACUUCAAGAUCUUUUCAAUCGACACAAAGCUCAAGCUGGAUAUACCAACCUUGAGUUGAAAAUUAUUUGACAAGACCAAAGCCUAUUGGACCAAGGUGACAAAAGCCUAGAUUCUUGAAGGUUUUGCAUUGGAGUUUUGUAAAUGAAUAAGAAGGCAAUGUAGGAGUUUUAUCCCUUAAAUAUGGUUUACUGCCUUAACUUGAAUUAUAUCAAGGAUAAUCUAAACUUAAAUAUUGUCCGACAAGAUUACGAUUUAACCUUAUAUUUACAUUUUUUUUUUUCAUUUUGCUACUUUCAA